AUGAGUGAAAUCCAGAGAUUACCUCAAAUGGUGAAUCCAAACCCGGUGCAUCCCAACGCCAAAACAACAACGCUGAUCAACAACGGCACCACCACAACGAAACUGAACAUCCUGUCACCCGUUUGUCGCAACUGUAAAACACAAACCACCCCGCUAUGGCGCCGUGACGAGACGGGCCAGGUCUUGUGCAACGCGUGUGGCCUCUUUUUGAAGCUCCACGGCCGGCCCAGACCCAUCAGCUUGAAAACGGACACCAUCAAGCUGAGAAACCGGAUCAAGCAGCCCAACUUCCUGAAGAAAAACAGCGCCAACACCCCGGAACUCAAAGCCAAGGAGCUGCGUCCGCCGCUGUCGGGCCUGCUGCUGGCGCUGAGCCUGCUGGUGCCCACGUUGCUGAGCAAAAAACUGCCCAGACAGAGCCGUAAAAGAAGUCCUCCUCCGGAUUUCGCCGUGCAGCCUCAGCAUCAACAGCAACCUCCACAGCACCAGCAGCACCAGCCUCAGCACCAGCCACAACACCAGCCUCAGCAUCACGCCAUCCACCAUUUGCCUGGUCUUGCUUCCUCGGCUACGGCGGUUCCACUGCCUCUUUCUCACCCUAGGGUUCCUCUGGGCCAUGCUCCUUUGCCACACCACUUGCACCACCUUCUGGGCAUUUCGUCCCAGGUGCAGCUGUUGCACUAUCCUUCGUCGACACCCACCCAGUUUGCUCCGGGAUUGCAGAGAAUCACCUCUCCGCUUAUGCUCAGCACGACGCUUCUGAAUGCUCGUUCGGUGUCUUCUACGGGUGCUGCUUCUCCUAAAGGUUCGCUUUCGGCUGCCCAGGCUGCUGGUGCUUUGGAGAACAUGCUGAAUGUUCUAGGCCCUUCGGCCACUUUCAAGGGUCCUGGUCACGAGAACAUGAACGGUGUUUCGCUUAUGGGUCCCUCUGCCAAAACGCCAGCCAAGCAAGAUUCGAGGAUUUUGCCAGGAAUUGCUCCUUCCCUGGGCACUUCCACGGGAGCCUCCUCCAACGUCAUUGCGUCUCCUUCGUUUGGUCCUCAGUUCCACUUGGACUCGCCCAAAAGAGACCACCUGGGGCUUCCCAAGCCAUCCUUGCCUCCUCUUCACCAAACGGUGUCCAGAGGCAUGACGCCUACAAAUGGCCCUGGCACGCCUGGUCUGGGUCCAACUUCCGGUCCAUUGCCCUCGAUUCUGAAUCUCCAUCCUGUCAAGACGGAAGAAAUCAGCCAUUUGAGCAGCGAACACGCCAAAAUUGUUCAAAACUCCUCCGGCGAAAGCCAGCCUUCCCAGGCUCCUCAGCAAAGCCAGCAGUCCGGUGAAUCCAGCACGAAUUCUAAUCCUGAGAAACCCACUCAACAGCAGCAGGGCUCCGGUAAUGACGACGGGGACAGGAGCAAUAACAACAAUAACAACAAUAACAAUAACCAGAACAGCCAUGGUGCUCCUGUGCCAACGUCAGCAGAGGGCGUUGCUUACGAAAACACUCUUUUGAAAACCAGGAUCUCCGAGCUCGAACUCGUCAACGACUUGUACAGAACGAGGAUCAUGGAACUCGAAGCAAUGGAGCAAGCCGCUCGUUUAAGGGAAUCUUCCAUGCGCAGAAGGUUGGACGAGGUGAUUGCUUUGCAAAGCCAGAAUGCUCAUGAGGAGGACGAAAAGAAGGCCAAGCAGGAGCCUUAG